AUGGCGGUCGAGACCGCGAUGGCCGUGGAGGCGGGGGGGGAGCUGUGGGAGGGCGGCGGGGAGCUGCUGAACAAGCACCUGGACGAGUACGGCCGCACGUGUCGAGAGGUGGCCUGCCGGCUGGUGGCAGUGUGGAACGACAUGGGGCUGGACGCCAGCGACCAGGGGCAGGAGCUGGCGGACGUGACGGCGUCGAUCCUGGGCGUCUGGAACAGCGCGCUGCAGCGCGCGGACGAGGGGCGGGCGAUCCUGGACAGCCAGGUGGCGAUGGCCAGGGCGGAAAUCGCUCGAAUCGCCGCGCAGCUGGCGGACGAGGAUGCGGAGGGAGAGAGCAAGGCGGAGAAUGUGUCUUGUGCUCCUGAGGAGGAAGAUGACUCGCAUGAUUGUGAGGGAAAGUCGCUGAAGGCGCAAUACGAGGCGCUGCUGGCUGAGCUGGAGGGCUGGCGCGGCCGGCGGGCGGAGAGGGCGGCCGAGUUCGGCGGCGUGCUGCGCGAGCUGCGGCGCGUGCGCGCGAGGCUGGGCCAGCCGCUGCCGGCCAGCGUGCCCGCCGAGGGGCAGCAGCUGCAGGACAUCUCGAGGAAGCACCUCGAGUGGUUGGGCUACGAGCUGUCUCAGAGCAACAUCGACCUGCAGCGCCGCGAGCGCGAGCUGGAGGGCCACCUAAGCCGGCUGCGCAAGAUAUGCUUCGAGCUGGGGGAGGACGAUGUUGAGAUCGCCUCCAGCGUGCACCCCACCCUCAAGUACUACCCCCAGCUGCUGCCAAACCUGUCCGCCUUCCGGCCCUCAUACUGCGCCCCGCUGGACCCCGACGACAAGAUGCCCGACGGCGUGGACCUCAGCGUGAGCGACUCCACGCUGUCCGACCUGGAGCUCAAGAUCAGCGAGAUGAAGAAUGUCAAGGUGGUGAGGCAGCAGCAGGCGCUGGAGAUGACGGACAUACUGAGGAACCUGUGGACGGCCCUGGACGUGCCACAGAACGAUGUGGACAGGGGGAUCUUUACGCGGCUGAUGGAGGGUCCUUCCAGGCUGCACCUCAAGUCGCUGGAGAGGUGCAUGAAGGAGGUGAACAGACUGGAGCAGGAGCAGGCCAAGCUGCUGCUGGGGCUGAUAGCCGCCAAGAAGAGCGAGCUGGAGGCCCUGUGCAUGGAGACCCGGCUGGCGAUGCCGGACCUCUCCCCCCUGCUCCCGGCCGAGAUGGACGAGAGCUCGCCCCCCAGCUGCGGCCAGAUCGCUGACAACCUGGCGAAGCUGGUGCGGAUGGUGGCAGAGGUGAAUCUAAUGGCGGAGAAAAGGGUGGGCAUUGUAAAGAUGAUAACAGACCUGGAGGCCGUGCUGGACGAGGUGAUGUGGCUGAUGGAGUACGAGAACGACCGGAGCAGGUAUCACGGGCGCGGGCGGGACGCCAACCAGAAGCUGCAGCGCGCGCUGCGGGUGGGCAAGAUCCGCGACAAGCUGCCCGAGAAGGUGAAGCGCCUGCAGGAGCUGAUCCUGGCCUGGGAGCAGGGCGAGGGCCAGCCCUUCAUGUUCGACAGCAAGAACUACAGGGUGGAGGUUUUGGACCGCGUGGUGGCGGACCUGGAGCGCCACGCAGCAAGGGAGGCCAUGGGGCCGGACUACAAACCCGAUCUCCCGACAAGGCGGGCCGCAUCCCGCCAGGGAUCCCUGGGGCGGUCCAACAGCGCGCGGUGCCGAAGCAGCAUGGACAUGCGCGGGCGGGAAGCGUCUCGGGACGCCCCGAGCCGGGCGGGCAGCUGCCGAUCGGCGAGGAGCGUGGACGCCGUCCGGCGCAGCGAGGCGCCGAGCCGGUCCUCAAGCGUCGGGGCCCGCCUGACCAAGAUGGGCAGGUCGGCCGGCAGCACGGACUCCCAGCGCGGGGAUCUGAGGCGCAGCGCGAGCGUGCCGAAGACGUACCUGCAGAGGCGGGACGCCACACCGGUGCCGAGGACCGGCAGCAGCAGCUUCAGGUCCACGCCCCGCAUUACGCCGAGAUCGUCCUCCGGCCCUGCUCCGCCCGUCAGGAACGGAUCAACGACGAUGCGCAGCAGGUCGGCCAGCAGGGAUGCCAGCAGGCAUGUCCCGGAGACGGUGCCGGAGAGGAGGCGCAUUUCGGACGAGUCCGGACGGCUGCUGCUGCGCAAGGGGACAGCGGCGGCCAAGGGCAAGUCUGGCGCUUCGCAGAGCGCCAGGGCGCACGUGAACGCGGGCUGCAAGACCGAGAUGGGCGAGCCCAGGCGGGGGGCCGGCGCAGGCCGGCACUCGAGGUCGGCAUCCGCCACGGCGCUGCGCACGGCGUACAAUCCUCUGCAGGACCGGCUGAACAAGCUGCUGCAGGGAUCGGAGCCCUGCGUGGCGGCGCCUGCCAAGCUGGGCGCGCGCCGGCCUGCCAGCCCGCAGCUGCCGGUGAGCUCGAGCAGCGGCGAAGGGGACGAUCGGCGGAUGGUCUCGUCGUCAUCGUCGGGAUCCGGGGGUGCGAUUGGGGUUGGGUACUACAAGGAGCCCGCAGAUGGCGUGGGCAGCUGGUACUACGGCAAGGACGAAACGGUGGGCUUCUACGACAAGGAGAAGGAGGGUGGUGUCGCUGAAGCGGCCACCAAGCCGGCGCCCCGCAAGAAGACGCCCAGGAAGGGGGCGAGGAAGAGCGCUGCCAAGCCGCCCCUUAAGGCCAAGAGCCCGAGAUCAAGGGAGGGCCCGCGGGCCUCUGCGCGGGCGCCCCACUGGCGGCGGGUGUUCACCAACGGGUGCUACCUGGAGUCGCCCCUGUCGUCGGACCAGGAGGAAGUGGGGGAGUCGGAGGACUGCAGCGAGCUGACGGUGGUGCCGGACGACUCUUCCUACUCAGGAGGCCACGACGCCGCGGAGGGUCCCUGCGCCAAGGACGCCUUCAUGCGCAAGGACUCCUUCAUCGCCAAGAAGAUCUCGCACGACCGGAAGGACAGCGACUACCUGAUGAACGGACGGCUGAGCGUUUGA